AUGAAACCCCACUUCCACGCUGGCCCCACACACGGCCACGCAGGGCAAGAGGGGCUGUCGCAGAUCGCGGAUCUUCCUGCUGCGCCCAUGAAUGUCCACGCAGGCACGAACAUCUCUUACUUCGGGGACCUGCUGAUGAACCAGGCUUGCGAUGAUAUCACGGACAGCGACGGGAAAAAAGUCGGUGUCCUCACUGACUGGAAGGACGCCCAUGGGCAACCGUGCCGUUUGGACGUGGUCAAGGACCUUGCCACGAAGUCCAAUUUCAGUGGCCUCCCUCCACCGUUCAACCUCAAGAGCCAGCCUGGUGGGCCGUACGUCAUGCAGAUUUUCGUCUUGGGCACUGGCGAUGGCAAAGUGCACAUGUUCAAGGACGUUGGCCUGAAGGGCCAGUUCCUGAAGAUGGCCAACUGCGAGCCCAUGUGUCAUGGUACGGGCGCCGUGUAUCAGUAUGGGAACCAGUACAGAGCAGGCCGCAAUGCGAUCUGUUACCUCCUGGAGAAACUCGGCGGCCUACAGAUUCGCUUCUCCACGCUGACCGCCACGGCAAAGCCUGCCAAGCGCGCGACCGAGUGGGAUAAGAAGCAGGACGGGUACCGCUACAUCGAGAAGAAGGGCCCGAAGAGCAACAACCGCAGUCAGUUCAUGGAGUUCGCGGACAAGGACAGCAGGGCCGAGGAACACGGAGACCAACGACCAGCAGUCAAAAUCUACGGCUGGGAGGAGUCCCGCGUGGUCCAGGCGCUGCGGAACCACGCGAGCGGGCGCAUCAACGCCAAGCGCCUCUCUGUCUGGGUGCUCACGCUGAAAGACUUCGAGCCGUGGUUCAUCAACGAGGUGCUCGUGAAGAUCCUGCCAACUCUCCGCCGCAACGGCGUGCUCUGGAUCGGCAAGACCAGGGUGGGGAAGUCGACGGCGUCGAAGACACUUGCGCUCUUGAUGUCCAUGCUCGAGAUCGGUGCCCUUGAGGGCGAUGACAGGGAGGGCGCACCUGAGCCUUCAAUUGUCACCGCCAAGCACUUUGAUUUCUUCAAGGGCGAGCCCGUAGAGAGGGUGUUGCCCGCGGUGUUCGACGACGGGGACUUGCACAAGCAGGACGCGUCCGUGUUAAAGGCUUUCCUCAACCCGAGCGAGGAGGAUUCCACGCUGUGGGCGAGGUGGGGGUCCAGCACGUUCGCCCCAGGGGCGUCCCGCCAGGCCGUGAUCAACAGCUACGACAAUGCUCUGGAGAAGCGGAUGGUGGCAGACUGGCGCCAGGGGAAAUUAAUGGUGAUCACGAUCCAGCAGUUCAUGGCCCUCAUCGCGCCCUCCCUGAAGCAGAUCACGGAGGAAGAGGACAUGAAGGCCCUGCUCGCGAGGUCCCACGUCGUCGUGACCACGGACACGCGCGUGUAUUUCCGUUUGGCAUCCGAUGAGUUUCCAGAGGACGGCGUCGUGCCUUUCUACACAUACAGCAAGAAGUCAAAGCCUGACCUCUUCAACUACUCGCCCGAGGCGUGA